AUGGCGAUAACUAUGAGUUUCGGUCAGGCAUUGUGCCUUUUUAUGGUCUUGACCACUAUCUAUAUCGCCUCCUACAUCAUCUACAACCUCUUCCUCCACCCCCUCCGCCGCUUCCCAGGACCGCUCGCCAUGCGCGCCACCCGAGCGACAUACUGUUACCGUCUCUGGCGCGGAAAGCUGUCCUUUGACAUGCUCGAGCUGCACCGACGGUACGGUGACGUGGUGCGCAUCGCACCCGACGAGCUCGCGUUCGCGAACCCGUCGGCGUGGAAGGAUAUUAUGGGUCACAGAACCGCCGGCGGCGUGAGCGGGGGCAAGGCGCUGCCCGAGUUUGAAAAGGCGGACUCUUUUUACCGGCCGCUUACGGAGCUGCCGAGAGACAUCAUCUCGGCGGAGGGGUCAGAGCACGCGAUGCUGCGGAAGCAGUUGAGCCCUGGGUUCAGUGAACGUAGCUUGAGGGAGCAGGAGCCGGUCAUUAUGAAGUACGUCGACCUGUUCAUCCAAAAGAUGCGGGAAGCCGCCAAAGGCUGUCAAGGCCGCGGACACGGCGAUGGCGAUGAGACUGUGGCAGGGAAAACCGGCAACCAGUCGGAGCUGAAGCAGGAACACCCGGUCGAUCUGACGCUCUGGUACAACUAUGUCACCUUUGACAUCAUCGGAGACCUCGCCUUCAGCGAGUCGUUUGGGUGCCUCGAGGGCGAGAGGCUGCACCCCUGGGUGAAGACACUUUUCCUGAUGGUCAGGACUGGCGUGGCGUUGCAGACGGCCGCCCACUUCCCGAUGCUGCGGAGGCUGCUCACGGUGGCGCUGUCGACGCGGGUGAUGAGGGAGCGAAUGCAGAAUCACAUGAAUAUGACGAUGCAGAAGCUUGUCCGAAGGGUUGAGUUGGGGGAAAGAGAGGGACCGCAGAAUGAUCUAAUUGAGGCGUUGUUGAAAAAGAGGAAGGAAUGGGGCUUCUCGCUCAGGCAAGUCGACUCAAACGGGAGCAUCAUCAUCAUCGCGGGAUCCGAGACGACGGCGACGCUGCUGUCAGGCGUGACGUACCUGCUCCUGAAGAACCCCGAGAAGAUGCGGAAGCUGGUCCGCGAAGUGCGGGCGGCGUUCGAGAGGGAGGAGGAGAUCAAUCUCAAGUCCGUCAACUCGCUGACGUACAUGCUGGCCUGCAUCGACGAAGCGAUGAGGAUCUACCCGCCCGUCCCCACGGGGCUCCCGAGGACGGUGCCGGAGGGCGGGGCGACGAUCUUGGGGCAGUUCAUCCCCGAGGAGAUGACGGUUUCCAUCCACCAGUGGGCCAUGUACCACAACGAGAAGAACUUCAAGGACCCCUUUGUCUUCCAUCCAGAGAGGUUUCUAGGGGACCCCGAGUACGCGUCGGACCGGAGAGAGGCGUUCCAGCCUUUCCACAUUGGGUCGCGGAACUGUCUUGGAAGAAGUCUGGCCUACUUCGAGAUGAGGAUCGUCAUGGCGAAGUUGCUCUGGAACUUUGACCUGGAGCUCGCGGAGGACAGCGAGGAGUGGAUGGAGACGCAGAAGAUUUACACGAUAUGGGAAAAGGGGCCUCUCAAUGUUUACUUGCAGCCAGUUGCGAGAGGUUGA